CAAGGAAUGACUUGAGCACAGCAAGACAUCUCGUGAAGACAUCUCAGCCUCACCGGUAGCAGCAGCCGCAGCUGAUUGUGCUACAUUUAGUGUGGAGUGUAGUGCAGCAGCCGGUGUAGUGUGGAGUGGAGCAGGACUUUGCUCAAAGGAUAUAGUAUCACUGAGAGGUAUUUGCCAAGACUAUAAAGUGGGCUCAAGUUUUAUGUUUACUCAGCAUUGAGAUCAAAUCGUUAAUAAAGUACUGUAUUGACGAUGCCUUCAAUAAUUCCUUCAAGCGGUAGUGCUACCCCCAAGCAUUCAAAAAUAUAUCAAUUUAUCAACUGCCGUUUAGUUCGAGAGGGACGUAUCAUCAAGGAUGACUUUUGGAUUAGAGACGGCAAAAUUCUCAACCCAGAACCUGUUUUCUAUGAUGAACGAGUACACGCAGACGUGAAAAUAGACUGUCAUGAUGCACUCAUCUGCCCGGGAUUCAUUGAUAUCCAAAUAAAUGGAGGGUUUGGGUAUGACUUCUCAUCAGACGUAAAUAAUUUGGAGGAGGCUGUGUCAAAAGUGGCCAAAGGUGUUCUCUCGGCCGGUGUUACCUCCAUAGCACCUACUGUUGUUACCUCCCCAAACUCAGUUUACCAUCAGGUUAUACCAAGACUAGUGAAGAGGGCAGGAGGGCCUGAAGGAGCAGGCAUACUUGGCAUUCAUCUAGAGGGUCCCUUCAUUAGCCCAGAGAAGAAGGGUGCACACCCUCCACAAUUUAUACAAAAUCUUGAAGAGGGCAUUAGUAAAAUUUAUGAUGUUUAUGGUUGCCUUGAUAAUGUUGGAAUGGUAACCAUUGCACCGGAGCUUGCUGGGGCCACAGCUGUGAUUGGUCACUUGGCAAGUCAGGGUAUUGUAGUGUCCGUUGGUCAUUCCAAUGGUAAUCUGGAGGAUGGUGAAGCGGCAGUCAACAGUGGAGCAUCAUUUAUUACCCACCUGUUUAAUGCCAUGUUGCCAUUCCAUCAUAGAGAUCCUGGGCUAGUGGGUUUGCUUACAAGUCGCCUAAUCUCUAAACCUGUCCACUAUGGAAUCAUUGCUGAUGGGAUACACACCCAUCCAGCUGCACUCAGGAUUGCCCAUCGCACACAUCCACAAGGUUUAGUGCUAGUAACAGAUGCAAUGGCUGCAAUGGGUCUAAGUGAUGGGGAGCAUCAUAUUGGACAGAUGAAGGUCUUGGUAGAGAAACACUGCGCACGUCUCGUGGGAACUAAUACUCUUGCUGGCUCCAUAGUCACUAUGGAUUACUGUGUUAGACAGUUUGUUAAAGAUGCAGGUGUUAGUUUAGUUGAAGGUAUUGAGGCAGCCACUCUACACCCAGCACGGGUUAUGGGCAUUGACCAUCUAAAGGGUUCCCUGGACUUUGGUACUGAUGCUGAUUUUCUCUUGGUGUCUGAUAAGGGACCUAUGGAGGUGCUACACACAUUUAUUGCUGGGGAGUGUGUAUACAGUGCUCCAGAUGCUCCACCUCUUGCACCUGCUUAUUGUAAAUAUUCCUCAGAAAAAUAGCCCAAAAUAGAAUACAGUAUUUAAGUGUUAUAAAUAGGCACUGUUGUCAAGUUAGUCGUUGUUUUUAACAGAUGUCUUGACUAUAAUUUUGUCAUGGUCACCCCUAAUGGGGAGCCUACAAAAAGGAGUAAGAUGUCAAGACCUUUGAUAAAGAUAAAAGCAAGAUAACUUUAAUGUUAUACUUAUUUAAUGAUAUUAAAUAAAAAAAAUUACAUUUUAACUUGUAAAUAAUUUACAUUUCACUUGUUGAAUUACUCAACAAAUAAUGGUAAUAAUAAUAAUUGUAAAGCAAUAAAAAUACCUCUUGUAGACCUAACAGCUGCUGAAAUGCACGGUGCUUAUUGUAGUAGAAUAAAGUAACAUCGGUAGCAUUUUUCCAUGAAGAAUAUACAGUAUAUUAUACUUAGAGGAGUAUGCAGCAGUGCCCAGAAUAGUAUGUCUCUCCCACCACCUCCCAUUCCACCUCUCUUCUGUUCCUAUCCUCCCAUGUCCUCCCUCUUCCCCCAUCUUCACUUCCCCUUCCCCUCUUUCCUCUCAUCUCCUCCUACCCCCUCCCUCCUCUUUUCCUCUGACCUGAACAGAUAGACAUUUGUUUUCAUAAAGUAAAUUUUGUAAAUACACAGGUAAAUGGGAGGAGCAACUUCAACAUCAUGUACAACACAUCCCCAAUUUCAUUUCCAAAUUAAUGAAAAUCAUACAGGGAGUGGUGGGUUACAGACUAUAUUGCUUAGAGCAUUUAACUUAGGCCUACCCUGACCUGCCUAUGUCCAGCCCAUACCCAAGACCAUUACCCUACAAAUUUGGCUGAAGGUGCAUAGUGCUACUGGCUGUCUGGGUUCAAGUCCUUCUGGGGUGUGUAGUUUUCAGUUUAUAUAUAUACACACACACACACACACACACACACACACACACACACACACACACACACACACACACACACACACA